AUGCCCUCGUCCAUCCCCACCUUCGACAACCUCACCCUUGACCCCACCGGGCCCCCAGGCAACGCAUGGGGACUCUUCGGGCCCAAAAAUGAGCUUGGAAUGCUCAACCUGCUCACCCCGGAGGUCGUUAAGAGAGCAGCAUCCGAGGAAAUUCGCGACGGCGUCCGCAUCUCGCUUGACCUUCCGCUGAAUCGACUGUCGCAUCCGAGCUUUAACCGGAAGCCAUUUGUCCAAGAGCUCUACAAUAAAGCGCCACGGAUCGUCAACGAUGAUACUCUGACGUUCAAUACGCAGGCCAGUACACAAUGGGAUGGGUUUAGGCAUUAUGGGAACCAGACGCAUGGGUGUUACUUUAACGGGCAUACACUAGAUGAGCUGAAGGAGUCAAGGGUCAUCGGGAUCGACGCAUGGUCCAACACCGGCGGUAUCGUCGGCCGCGGCAUCCUAAUCGACUACGCAUCCUGGGCCCAACGCAACUCAAUCCCCCUAACCCCAUUCCGCACAUCCACAAUCCCGCUCUCCUCGAUCCAGCAAAUCAUCGCCGAAACCCAGCUGGCCCCACGACCGGGCGACAUCCUCUUCAUCCGCACCGGCUUCACGGAAGCAUACAACAAGCUCAGCGUCGAGGAAGAGGCGGCCCUCGCCGCACGGCCAACACCGGACUUUGCGGGCGUCGAGAACGGCGAGAAGACGCUGCGCUGGCUGUGGGGGAACCAGUUUGCGGCGAUUGCGAGCGAUACUCCGUCUUUUGAGCCGGCGCCGCUGUAUCGGCCGGAUCAGGGCGUUGGGCAUGAGGUUACGCUGCAUCAGUGGUGUCUUAGUGGGUGGGGGAUGCCCAUUGGUGAGUACUUUGAUUUGGAGGAGUUGGCGAGGUAUUGUAUGGAGAAGGGGAGGUGGAGUUUCUUUUUGAGUAGUGUGCCGCUGAAGGUUCCUGGGGGUGUGGCUAGUCCGCCGAAUGCGGUUGCUAUUCUCUGA